AUGGAAAACCGACACUUCUGUCUUCAUAAAAUAGGCGAGCUAACAAGAACUCUUCUUGUCCCGAAAUUUGUGGACGACUCGAGAUCCGUCAAGGCUGUACCGUCGUGUCAGGCAGAUUCAAUGAUUCGUCCGAGUGCUGAUCCUGCAACUAUGCCAAGCUGUACACAAGGCCGCUUGAGUGUGUACAUUUCGAGAAAAGAACCUGUCUACUACAACUCACGAGCGAGCCAUGAUCUGCCUCCUUCGGGGAACCGUGCUGCCAGCACCCUCAAAAGGAAAUAUGUCCACACAGAGCUCAGUCCUUCAUUUCCACCAAGAGGUCUUCUCCUCAAUUUCGAGUUGGCUAAAGGAAGGGGGUCCCCAAGCCUCCCGAUUCGCCUGUACCAAUUCGAAAGGUCAGUACUUAUGCACAGACAUCUUUUGCGGCAGUGUGUUUAG